AUGGCAGAGAAAACGGACAAUUUCCGCGUGAUAGUCGUUGGCGGCGGCCCUGUAGCCCUGACGGCAGCCCACGCUCUGAGCCAAGCCGGCAUCGACUUCGUGCUCUUGGAACGACGCAAGGCGCUGGACAAGGAUGCUGGCUCGUCUGUGGCCGUGUGGCCGCACAAUGUGCGACUGUUCGAUCAACUGGGUCUUCUCGAGGAGGCAGAGCGCACAUAUAUGCCUGUCAAGUACAAGCGCAACCUGAGGCGAGAUGGAACCGAAAUGUCGAGGAGUAACAUGUUCGAGGCAAUCGGCAUCAACCACGGCCAUAAAUGGAUGUGUUUUCACCGCGCAAAGCUGAUGGACAUGCUAUGCAAGAAUCUCCCGGACCAAGGCAAGGUCCAGCUCGACAAGGAGGUUGUCUCUAUAGAAAACACCGCCACCGGUGUGACGGUGACCUGCGCCGACCAGAGCAUUCACACUGGCUCUAUUAUUAUUGGUGCAGACGGUGUUCACAGCACUAUCCGUAAGCUGAUGAACGAGAAGACCGGAAAGGUCGACGAACCUUUUGUCGCGACUUACCGUGGUCUUUACGGCUACUCCAGCAGAUCGUUAGAACUCGAGCCUGGUGUCUUGUACGAGACUCACACCAAGAGCCUGACCAUCCAGCUCAUUGUCGCUGAGGAGCAGCAGCACUUCUUGGUGUAUGAGCGCAUGGCGCAACCCACCAAGGAGCGUACGCGCUACACCGACGAGGACCAGGACACAAUGGCACAGAGGUUCGCUGACGUGCGCUUCCCCGGUAUGCAGUCUGACCAAUGGGUGACGUUUGCCCAAGUCUGGGCACAGAGGCAGUGGUCAGCCAUCGGCAACCUCGAGGAGGGCAUCGUUGGCAAGUGGCACAGCGAGCGCACCGUGCUCGUCGGUGAUGCCGUGCACAAGAUGACACCCAACACCGGCUUCGGCAUGAACAGCGGCCUUCAGGGUGUUGCACAGCUCGUGAACCGGCUGCGUGCCCUUCUCCAGGCCAACGCUGCCCCCGACACGGACGCUUUAGACAAGACGUUCCGCGAGUACCAGACUGCGCGGAUGGGCAACUCCAAGGAGGCGGUCGACAUGUCGGCAUUGUACACCAGGCUCGUUGCCUGGAACAACCCGGUCUGGAAGUUUGCUGACCAGUACCUGCUGCCGCACGUCAACGGGGACGUGACCUCGCUCAACCUGCUGAUGUCGCCGAUCGUACAGAAAGGUGUCCCCCUGGACUUCCUGGAGGAGAAGUCGUUCAAGGCCGGCAAAUACUCGUACCACACCCCGCCGCCGGUUGUGAACGCAUGA